AUGGAGGACAAAACCAUCGUCGCUGUAUGUGGAUACCCGGACCUGUACGAUUCUUCGUACUUUUACAGAAACAGGAAUAAAAAGGAUCUUGCUUGGAAGAAAGUGAGUGAGGAGGUCAGACAAUCUGAGUUCACGUUGGAGAAGCCGUUCACAUGCAGUCAGUGUGGAAAGAAUUUCAGAAGUAAAGUAAACCUUUAUCAGCACGAGAGAAUUCACUCAAGAGAGAACACAUGUAAUCAGUGCGAAAGGAGUUUCACAGACAGGAAACAGCUUAAGAAUCAUGUCAAAAUUCACAUCGGAGAAAAGCCUUUCAUGUGCCAUCACUGUGGAAAGAGUUGCGUAAACAAAACAGUCCUCAAGGUUCACUUGAGAGUUCACACCGGAGAGAAGCCUUUCACCUGCCCUCAGUGUGGAAAGAGAUUCACUCAAAAACAAAACAUUAAAGUCCACAUGAGAGUUCACACUGCAGAGAAACCUUUCACUUGCACUCAGUGUGGAAAGAGUUUUGCUGAAAAACAAAACAUGAAAGUCCACAUGAGAGUUCACACUGGAGAGAAGCCUUUUACUUGCACUCAGUGUGGACACAGUUUUACAUGUAAACAAAGCCUUAAAGCCCACAUGAGCGUUCACACCGGAGAGAAGCCUUUCACCUGCCCUCAUUGUGGAAGGAGUUUUGCUAAAAAACACAACAUGAAAGUCCACAUGAGAGUUCACACUGCGGAAAGACCUUUCACUUGCGCUCAGUGUGGAAAGAGUUUCGUUAUAAAACAAAACAUGAAAGCCCACAUGAGAGUUCACACUGAGAGAAGCCUUUUACUUGCACUCAGUGUGGACACAGUUUUACAUGUAAAGAAAGCCUUGAUGCCCACAUGACAAUUCACACAGGAGGGAA